AUGGCUCCUUUCGUUAGUCGUGGUGGUCCUCGCGGCGGUGGCCGUGGUGGUGGUCGUGGAGGCUUUGACGGUGGCCGUGGAGGUCGUGGAGGCUUCGGCGGUCGUGGUGGUGGUCGUGGAGGCUUCGACGGUGGCCGUGGUGGUUUCGGUGGACGAGGUGGUGCUCGUGGUGGUGGUCGCGGCGGCCCUGCUCGCGGCGGUGCCCGUGGAGGUCGUGGCGGUCGUGGUGGUGCUCGCGGCGGUGCUGGCGGUCAGAAGGGCGGUUCCAAGGUCAUCAUUGAACCCCACCGUCACGCUGGUGUCUUUGUCGUCCGCGGCGGCAAGGAAGACGGUAUUGCUACCCGCAACCUUACCCCCGGCGAUUCUGUCUACGGCGAGAAGCGCAUCUCGGUCGACGAGUCUGUUCAGAAUGAUGACGGUACCACCACAACCACAAAGGUUGAGUACCGCAUGUGGAACCCCUUCCGCAGCAAGCUGUGCGCUGCUAUUGCUGGUGGCGCCGACGACAUCUACAUGAAGCCCGGCUCCCGCGUCCUCUACAUUGGUGGUGCCUCUGGUACCUCCGUCUCCCACGUUGCCGAUCUCGUCGGCCCUACUGGCUACGUCUACGCCGUCGAGUUCUCUUCCCGCUCCGGUCGUGAUCUCAUCGCCAUGGCCUCGAAGCGCCCUAAUGUCGUCCCCAUCGUCGAAGAUGCCCGCCAACCCGCCCGCUACCGCAUGAUCGUCCCCAUGGUCGACGUCAUUUUUGCCGACGUUGCCCAGCCUGACCAGGCCCGUAUCGUUGCCAUGAACGCCAACUGGUUCCUCAAGGUCGGCGGCGGUGUCCUCAUUUCCAUCAAGGCCAACUGUAUCGAUUCUACUGCCCCCGCUGCUGAGGUUUUCGCCAGCGAGGUGCAGAAGAUGCGCGCAGAGGCUAUCAAGCCCAAAUUCCAGCUCACUCUCGAGCCUUUUGAGCGUGACCACUGUCUGGUUGCAGGUGAAUAUACCCGUGUCAAGAACUAA